AUGAUAGUUGCUCUGGCUGCUGCUGCGAGCCUGCUUCUAAUCUUAUAUACACUCAGGCAAGCUUUCUGGUCUCCCUUGUCUAGAGUUCCUUCCGCCCAUUGGUCUGCAAGAUACAGCUCUCUAUGGAUUCUCUGGACGAGGUACAAUGGAAGAGAGCUGUCUUCCCUCGUCGAUGCACAUAGGAAGCAUGGACCAAUCCUGCUGGUUGGGCCGAGAGACCUUAGUGUGAGCAGCUACCAGGAUGGUAUUCGCAGAGUGUACGACGCGGGGUUUCCCAAGCCCACGGCGUUUUACUCGGUAUUCAAUUAUUUUCGACGGCGCAAUGCAUUUACGAGCUUGAAUAGGCGCGAGCACGGCUCGCGACGUCGAAGAACUGCAGCCCUGUAUUCCAAGACGGCUCUCCUCCAGUCUGAGCACCUCCAGCAGGUCACCAGCAAGAUUUUACACGAGCGGCUCGUCCCACGCCUGGAACAAGCAGCCAAAAAGAGUCUGCCCAUCGACGGCUUGGAUCUCAGCUACUGCAUCUGCGCUGAUUACCUUAGUGCCUUCAUGUUUGGUUAUUGCAACGCAUCCCAAUAUCUGCUGCUACCCAGGGCGGCAAUGGAUACGUGGCGCGAGCAUUACGAGAACUCCAUGUGCCACGAAACAUUCUUCGUGCAAGAGACACCAUUGCUGUACGGCAUACUCAAGAAGCUUUCCAUCGACCUGCUUCCAAAGAAAUAUGCAUGCUCAAAACUGUUUCUCGAGGACUGGGUUGAAAACUUGUCCACAAAAGCGGACACAACGAUAGCUGCUACAAAAAAGAGCGACGCCAGCGGGCAGCCAGCAGUGGCGGUGCAGGAUGAGCCCGUUGUAUAUGCCAAAGCGAAGCAGAUGGUAGAAAAUGACUCUCCCCAGCUGAGCAGCCACGAGAAGAGGCUAGAGGUUGCCAGUGAGAUGUUUGACCACAUUUCGGCAUCGAGGGAAGUUCUAGGUCUCGUUCUCGCCUACACAUUCUGGUACCUUGCUCAAGACCCGCACGCUCAACAUGAAAUUCUGGCUGAGCUCACGGCUGCGGGAGUUGAUGUUACAGGGGUCGGCAAGAAGGUGCAACGAGAAUCCGAAUGCCAAAGUGCAAACAACCAGCACCGAGACAGGUUGGCCGCCCAGCUGGACUCGUUACCAUAUCUUCGAGCCGUAAUCAACGAGUCACUGAGGAUGCGACCAACGAGCACACCCCUACCCCGAAUAACACCACCAGACAGAGCAGUGUCCGUAGCGGGUAUAGAUGGCAUCCCGCCAAAUACCAGGAUCAACGCGUUUCAAUGGUUCAUGCACCGCGAUGAGGACAAGUGGAAUCGUGCGGACGACUGGGACCCUGAGCGAUGGGUUUUGAGGGGGGUCAAGCCCAAAUCCAACAUGGCUGCUGGAGUUGGGCAAGGCGUGCUGUGGCCGUUCGCCAGCGGGCCGAGAAUGUGCCUGGGGAAUAACUUGACCUUUUACAUGAUGCAGCACAUUCUAGCAGUCAUGGUUUCCAAGUUUACUUUUACAUCCUGUGCAGUGGAAAAAGAUUGCUGGCCUGGAAGUCCAGACGACGUACUGCCUAUACGAGUGCAAGCAAGAAAAUGA